AGGAGAGCUUACCUCAGCAUCUGAUUCCCAAUUUUCGCAAUCUGGAUCAGGUUUGCAAAUUCUGAUUAUUCAAUCUCCAUUGUUCGCGAAUCUCACGUCCUCAGGGCUUAUCUUGUGACAUCUCUAAGACCAAAAUCUAUGUUUCAGCUUUAAGAUCAUAAGCCAUUUUGCGUUUGAAUGAAUCGUCUCUGUUCCCCAAAUCAAAGGCAUGUUAAGAGUAUAGCCGAAAUGUAUCUUCUCUAAUUCCACCGGAGAAGAGCUUUAUUCAAAGUGCUAUACUUCGCUUUGUCGUUCCAUUGCUUCUCUGAUUAAUCCAUGGCUCUUUUCAUUUCUUGUGGGGAAGUUUCAUCUUCUCAAGUCACUGUACUUCGCUUACUCAACCAAAGCCUUGAUUUUGUCAGCGACAAUGUUGCUAGGAUCUUUGCUCCUAUUUUCACCAACCUGAGGGACUUUGAAAUGCGUCUUUCUUGUAUUGAACGUCCUCAAUCCACUCCUGUCAAUCAUCCUCACUCGUGCACUGAGAAUUGGUUUUCUGAUAAAAAAGAUUAUGACCAAAAGGGAGACCCGGAAGCUAUUUUUAAUGUAUUGGAUUCGAUUUUGAAAAGCAGUUUGGAUCGUCUGACUUCUUUGAGGGAGAGUGUAUGUCGGACGAAGAGCUUUGAUUAUGAUGAUUCUUUGUCUAUUCACUCGUCUAUAAUGAGGGAUCUCUGUUUACAAGGGAAGUUGGAUGCUGCUCUCUGGCUACGGAAAAAAAUGAUGCAGAGUGGAUUUAUUCCAGGUUUGAUCACGCACAAUCAUCUUAUAAACGGGUUGUGUAAGUUAGGUUAUAUCGACAAGGCAGAUGGGCUUGUUAGAGAGAUGAGGGAGAUGGGUCCUUCUCCCAACUGUGUUUCGUAUAACACUUUGAUGAAGGGUCUUUGCAGUGUUAACAAUGUAGAUAAAGCUCUGUAUCUCUUCAGUACUAUGAGUAAAUAUGGUAUUAAGCCAAAUAGAGUGACUUGCAACAUAAUCGUGCAUGCACUUUGCCAGAAAGGUGUUAUAGGUAACAACAACACAAAACUCCUUGAAGAGAUCUUAGAUAGUAGCCAGGCGAACGCACCCUUAGAUUUAGUCACCUGUACCAUUCUGAUGGAUAGUUAUUUUAAGAGUGGACAUGUGGUUCAAGCCCUUAAGAUUUGGAAGGAGAUGUCACAGAAAAAUGUAUCUGCUGAUUCAGUUGUGUAUAAUGUCAUUAUUCGUGGGUUAUGUUCGAGUGGAAACAUGGUAGCUGCUUAUGGGUUCAUGUGUGACAUGGUAAAGAGAGGAGUAAGUCCUGAUAUUUUCACUUACAACACUCUCAUCAGCGCCUUGUGCAAAGAGGGAAAGUUUGAUGAGGCAUGUGAUCUCCAUGGUACCAUGCAAAAUGUCGGUGUUGCUCCUGAUCAGAUUUCAUACAAAGUUAUCAUUCAAGGUCUAUGUAUACAAGGAGAUGUGGACAGGGCGAACGAGUUCCUUCUAAGCAUGCUAAAAAGUUAUUUGCUUCCAGAGGUUCUGCUAUGGAAUGUUGUUAUUGAUGGUUAUGGAAGAAGUGGAGAUACUAGCAGUGCUUUAUCUGUCCUAAAUCUAAUGUUUUCUUAUGGUGUUAAACCAAAUAUUUACACAUACAAUGCUCUGAUUCAUGGGUAUGUGAAAGGCAAAAGGUUCUUUGAUGCGUGGCGGUUCAAGCAUCAAAUGCGAUCUACCGAAAUCCACCCAGAUACUGUCACCUAUAAUCUGCUAGUAGGUGCUGCUUGUACAUGGGGUCGCUUGCGGUUGGCGUUUCAGUUGUAUUAUGAAAUGCCGAAAAGGGGAUGUCAACCUGAUAUCAUUACUUAUACUGAGCUGGUUAGAGGUCUCUGUUGGAAGGGUCGACUGAAGGAGGCCGAAAGCCUUUUGUCGAGAAUGCAAGUAACUGGUGGUAUUACAAUGGAUCAUGUUCCAUUUUUGAUACUAGUAAAGAAAUAUACCAGAUUGCAGCGACCAGAGGAGGCGCAUUUAGUUUACAAAAAGUGGUUAGUGACGAGGAACGCAGGAGUUUCAUGUCCAAGCAUCCUAAAGCACAUGCAUACAGAAGAACAGUAAUGCGUUGGUUCAAUCGACAAAGAGAGCAAGUUUUUAUCCUUCCUGAAAGGCCCUUGAUUAAUAGUUUGAUGGACAUCUGAGUUAAGUUCAGUUUCUUUUGAAAACAUAGAAGAUCUGACAUGAGGAACAAGAGAACCCUGUUCCAGAUUAAACCAACACAUUACAUGAGGAACAACAGAAUCUUGGUGGAGUCACAAGAAGUGGCUUUGUUACAUGCGAGGAAUCCUCAAAUGGUAUUCCUCUGUUCCUUGUUUUGGGAAACAUUUGAUGUUUUAUUCGCAUCUCUCACAAAUUAUAGUUACAUUCAGGUUUUGAUGGAUGAUUUGGGCGUUCGGCACUCACAGGGCUGUUUCGUCAAUAACUCCCAAUAUACUUUAUUGUCUGAAACAUCCUUUCAUUACAAUUUACUUGAAAAAUGUGAAUACGCCCUUUGCAAGCAUGGUUUUUGGGUCGAGUACAAGUAUUGUAUUAUGCUUAUUGCAAUACAACUUUAUUAUACUGGUAUAGUUGACACUCA